AAAUGCUUACACGUUGUGUCCGGAUAGCCUUGAAUUUAAGAGAUAAAGGCUUCGACAAAAAUGAUAUAAUAAGUACUUGUUCACCAAACAGUGAGAAUAGCUGUCUGCCUACAAUUGCAAUACAAUUUUUGGGAGCAAAAUCUACCUAUUUCGAUCCAAACUUAUCCCCUUUGGAUACUGUUCACCUGCUUGAUUUGAUAAGGCCCAAGCUGAUGUUCGUUUCUCAAGAUGCAUUGACUUUCAUGGAAAAUUGUUUGGCAAAGGCAAAUAUAGAAGUAGAAAUAGUGGUAAUUGGAACAAGUGUUAAGUAUGAACAAUUUUCGAAAUAUCUAGCGCAACAUAAUUUAGAAAAUGAAUUCACACCAGAAUCCGAUAUAGACGACAGAGAAACAGCUGUGAUAAUGUUCAGUAGCGGCACCACUGGGUUUCCCAAAGGGAUUUGUCUCAGCCAUCGUUCUUUACUGUUUGAAUACGAUGAACUGAUUGAUCUUACUAGGAAUGAAAAUUUUGAAAAAAAAUCUUGUGUUCUGCUGUGCUUCAGUAAUUUGUAUUGGAUUAGUUCUUUAGGUUUCUUGAUAUACGCUAUGCAGAGUGGAUAUGCUAGAGUUGUGUGCCAUCGAUUUGAUGCAGCAGCUGUUUGGAAAUUAAUAGAUGAGUUCAAGAUAAAUUUGAUAUUUCUUCCACCCUAUCAAGCCGUGGAGUUCUUAGCCCAUCGUACAGAGGAUGCUGAUGCUUCUAGUUUGCAGGUGUUCCUGACAGGUAGUUGUUUUGUACCAGAAAAACUGAUGAAAGAUUUGAAGAAAAAUUUACCUCAAUGCAAGAUCUUGAAUGGCUAUGGGCAGACUGAAAUGGCAGGGGGAAUAACCAUAUUUGAUCCUUCAAAACCCGACGAACUGGUGAUGCAGGAAAGAAAACCACAAUCUUGUGGAAGAAUGAGAAAGGAAUGUGAAUGGAAAGUUGUAGAUUUAGACACUGGAAAGCCUCUAGGACCAAAUCAUGAAGGUGAGCUCAGAAUCAAAAGUCACAAAGUCAUGAACGGCUACUACAAAAUGGAUAGUUCUUCAGCCUUCGACGAAGAAGGAUACUUAAAAACAGGUGAUAUCGUUCGGUACGAUGAGGAAAAAUGUUUUUAUAUCGUUGACAGAAUAAAAGAAAUAUUCAAGUAUAGAGGGUGGCACAUACUUCCAGCAAUGCUUGAAGAAGUUUUGCUCGCACAUCCAGCAGUCAAAGAAGCUGCUGUAGUAGCAAUUCCGCAUAAAAUUGAUGGAGACCAUCCAAUGGGUCUUGUAGUUCUUUUCGAGGGUCAUGAUGACGUUACAUCUGAAGACAUUGAAUCAUUUUUCAAUUCAAAGGUAGCUGAUAGCCAGAAGUUGCGCCAUGGGGUUCGAAUCGUUAAGGAAUUAGAGAAAACUGUCACUGGAAAGAUUAAGAGGAGAGCUCUUUCUCAAAUGAUUUCGAAUGGUGAAAUAUAGUAAGUAUGUAACGAACUAGUAUCACUACGUGAUAUAUGUGGCUUUUCAAUCGUAAAUUUAGUAAUUUCAAGAGGUUGGAAACGCAUAAAUGUCAAUAAUAACGUUUGUACUUUCCUAAACAAUAUUUAUAAUCAUUUCUUUUCUUCAGACAUUGUUCUGAGAAAAAUAGAAACUUCAUUAACAAAAACGCAACUAUUUGUCAUCAAAUUUUCAUUUCAUUCUGAAACUGAAUGAAAAGUGUUAUAUUUGUAUGAAAAAAUGGAAAAGAAAACAAUUAUUUUAUAUAUGAAAAUAUGAUGUUUUCUUCGUUUGUGAAACGAUUGAGAUGCAGGCCUAUGAUUUGUAAUGGAAAAGGAACAGACUCUGUUGUUUUACUUUAUUUGAGUAAAGCUUCCAGACUGA